UAGUUUAGUAAAUUAAUGCAGCAAGAAAGUCUCAAGAUCUGGCGAGUUCUAUUGAGGUGAAGAUGGGACGAGGAGGAAAAGGGACUGGAUCAAGAGACCACUGAGAGACUUUUCUCUUUUUAUUUAUUUCUGAUCACCAUGGGAAUCCCAGCCUCAUGAAACUUGCCCUUAGCUUCCUUCUCCACUUUCGCCCCGAGCAAUGGGACACCUUCCCUGCAGCAAUAAUAACUUAUUCGUGGGGAAAAGAUCCCGGGGAGCAGAAAUCAACAGCAGCAAAACGCCGACGACCGGGAAAGCAACGUUUCUGGAACAAUGCAGCAAAUGCAUGAGGAGGAUGACAAAUUCCCUUGGAUAUAACUGAGGAAGACACCCCAGCUUCCCGAGGAGAUUAGCCGUUGGGCUGCUUUCUCCCACCCAUCCCGAUCUCCCCACAUGGCCAAUAUAUUCUCUUGGCAUUCUGCAUGCUCCAGAAGCCCGGUGCAGGCAUUGGGAUCCCACUGAAAGAAAGGGGGGGUUUCUUUGCAGGAAUCUGGUUAUCCAGCAACCCCAAGCAAGGCUCUUACACACAGAACAGCGCUGGAGUUUUAAAUGCCAAUUUUUCUCUCCAAGGUGCUGAAACGCGGGGGGUGGUUUCCUGUCCAGGGUCCUGAAUCCCCAGCGUCUCGCCCGUCUAAGAGCAGCGUCCUCAUCUUGCCCACACCACCUCUAACUACAAGGAUUGUAUACAAAAUUAGCAAAGAGGAAAUUUCCACCAUCUUAUCCAUUCUGGUGUUUUUUUCCCCCCUAAGUGCCAAUUUAUUGUUCUGACUCGUGGACUACAAAUUCAUCCGAUCUGAAAAAAUGUGUCACCUCAAUGCACUUGGAGUCUACCUUUGGGAGACCGUAGUAUUCUUCAGCCUCGCCGCUUCCAAAGAAACUGGAGCAGUAGCCCGAUCCGCUCCUAAGCUUAUUUCCCCUUCAGAUUUCCUGGAUAAACUGAUGGGAAGAUCGUCGGGAUAUGAUGCAAGAAUCAGGCCCAAUUUUAAAGGCCCUGCAGUGAAUGUCAGCUGCAACAUUUUCAUCAACAGCUUUGGAUCUAUUGCAGAAACUACUAUGGAUUACAGAGUGAACAUUUUCUUGCGGCAGCAGUGGAAUGACCCCCGGCUGGCAUACAACGAGUACCCAGAUGAUUCCCUGGAUUUGGACCCAUCUAUGUUGGACUCCAUCUGGAAGCCAGAUUUGUUCUUUGCUAAUGAGAAAGGGGCCCAUUUUCAUGAGAUCACCACAGAUAAUAAACUCCUGCGCAUCUCCAGAAAUGGCAAUGUCCUGUACAGCAUCAGGAUCACCUUGACACUGGCUUGCCCCAUGGAUCUGAAGAACUUCCCCAUGGACGUCCAGACCUGUAUAAUGCAGUUAGAGAGCUUUGGCUACACAAUGAAUGAUCUGAUAUUUGAGUGGCAAGAGAAAGGAGCUGUGCAGGUUGCUGAUGGGUUGACCCUGCCUCAGUUCAUCCUAAAGGAAGAAAAAGAUUUGCGCUACUGCACUAAGCAUUACAAUACAGGCAAGUUCACCUGCAUAGAAGCCCGUUUUCAUCUGGAACGACAGAUGGGCUACUACCUGAUCCAGAUGUACAUCCCCAGCUUGCUGAUUGUAAUUCUCUCCUGGAUCUCCUUCUGGAUCAACAUGGAUGCUGCACCUGCCAGAGUUGGUCUGGGUAUCACUACUGUGCUCACCAUGACCACACAAAGCUCUGGUUCCCGAGCAUCAUUGCCCAAGGUGUCCUACGUUAAGGCUAUUGACAUCUGGAUGGCUGUAUGCUUGCUGUUUGUGUUCUCAGCUCUUCUGGAAUAUGCUGCUGUCAACUUUGUGUCCCGGCAGCACAAAGAGCUGCUCAGGUUCAGAAGGAGGAGGCGGCACCACAAGGAUGACGAUACUGGGGAAGGCAGGUUCAACUUUUCUGCCUAUGGGAUGGGACCUGCCUGCCUGCAAGCCAAGGAUGGCAUCUCGGUCAAAGGAGCCAAUAACAACAACACAGCAAACCCAGCACCGCCCCCUUCAAGGUCACCUGACGAAAUGCGCAAGCUUUUCAUCCAGCGAGCCAAGAAGAUCGACAAGAUCUCGCGGAUUGGCUUCCCCAUGGCGUUCCUCAUCUUCAACAUUUUCUACUGGAUCAUCUAUAAGAUUGUCCGCAGGGAAGAUGUCCACAAGCCAUGAGGAGAGUUCUUCAUCCACAGAAUUCGAAGAGGGAUGGAGGUUGGAAAAGGCAAGAAGGAUGGUUACUCUAUACACACCAUGUGCAAUAGCAAUGCAGUGAUGCAUGAAUUUAAGAAUGUGGCAAUAUCUAUUUUAAAAAGUGGGAUGACUUUUAAAAAAAAUGAAC